AUGUCAUCAACACCAAGUGCAAUGUUAAGUGGUCAACAACAGAAUGAAGUUUUACAAGAUUUCACGGACGCAUCCAGUGAUCUUCCAUGGAAUUACAAAGACAAAAAUGAACCCAUGGAAAGAAAUCGACGAGUGGACGACGAAAAUUUAUCACAACAAAUGCAACAGUUAUCUACAGAUGUAGUAAAUAUCAAUAACUCGUUACCUAACGAGAUUAAAACGAAACUCGAAACAAUUCCUAAUUAUUUAACAAAACGACAUAAACCAUUUAUACAGAUUCUCCAUCAAAUAUUAUCGACGAUGAAAAUAGGUACUGCAGCGAGUAAUAUGGAUGAUUUACGAAAAACAGCCAUUUCAAUGUAUAAAAUUACGAUUAUUCAAAUAUAUCAAUUGCUAUGGACGACAUAUUUCAAAUCAGGAACGGGACAAUUAAUUCAUCAAUCAACUCAAAAUGAAUCGAUUACAUAUCCAACCAAUGUAUCGAUAUGGCCAAACGAAAUCAGAGCAAUGCUACAAGCAAUCGAGACGGUGAAGAACACGAAUGUUAAUCAUGAAGCUUAUUUAGAAUUUAUGAAUUCACAUCUCCAUGAAUUAGAUAAUCAUUUAAAAAAGUCUCAGCUUGAAUUGAAUGAUAAAAUCAAAUGUUUUCAAGGUUAUACCUUGACGAUUCACACACAUAUAGGAACCUACCUUGAACAACAUCUUCAUUCUUUCCGCAUGGAAAUUGAACAUAAAAUAGAACUUGUUCAUUAUGAUUAUCACAUUCACGCACUCGACUUAGAAUACUGUCGACUUAAUCCAAAUAUUCAUCAAAAAAAAUUAAUGAAAAGUCUUUGUGAAAGUAAAUAUGAACAAGAAACAGUAGAACAAGAGCAUAACUUAUUAAAACAAAAAAUUGAUUAUUACAAUUCACCUAGUCAAUCAUUUGAACAUUCGUCUAUAGCACAAUCAAAAUUAAUUGAAUCGAUUCAAAACGCAGAGAUUCGACAACACUUAUAUAAUCAAUAUCGAGAUACAGCUUUACAAGCCAGAGCUAGUUUAUUUCAAUUGUAUCUUACAACAGCUGAAGAUGAAAAGCAGGAAUUCCAAAAGAAAUAUGAAGAGAAUAUGAAGCAAUUACAAAGUGAUGAACGUUUUAUCAAUGGCAAUGCAGACUUUUCUUCGAUUCUAUUUCAAAUCAUCCAUGAACGUUGUGAAAAGAUUAGUGAACGCAUUAGAUGUGUCUACAAAUUCAAAGCUCAAUCUGUACUCCAUAAAACUACAUAA